GGAGUAAAUCAACAAGUGAUAUCCAGGACCCCAUCGUCUCCCGGCAGGCUCGCUACGAAGAGCUGCAGAGGUACCGCGAGCAGACAAAGGAUAGUGAUGACAAGUGGCAGGAUGACCUGAGCAAAUGGAAGAACCGGCGCAGGAGCGUCAACUCUGACAUUGUGAAGAAGAAAGAGGAGCGCGAAAAGAUCGAGCAGAUUACCUUCGGCGGUAACAGGAGGUCCAAGACCUUCAAGGAGAUGCAAGAGGAGAGAGACACUAAAGGAAAAAUAAGCCUUGGCAGUCGUCUUGGCUCUCUGUCUUACCUGGACGACGAGGAGGACGUAUUUGAGAGACCCGUCACCUCCCCUCGUACCCGAACCCUCCCCGCCAGGAGCUUCACUAUUGACACUCCUUACCAUAAUUUCGAGCCCUCUGAGCCUUCUCUGAAAGAGGACGACCCCCCCGCUGCCUCCCCAGCCACGGGCAGGGCCGCUUCCCCUCCCACCUCACGGGAAGUCAACAUUGUGGACCGUCCUGCAGGCAGAGACACCACGACCCCCAUCACUCCCAGCCUCACUCCCUCCAGCCGAGGCUCUCUCCACAACUCUGCUGCAGUUGCACCUUUGCAGAGGAGUCCCAUCUCAGAACGCCGCAGAACCACCAAGACAGAGGAGGUCACGACCGUCGUCUCCUCCUCCAGAGCCGUACAAAAGGUGGCAGAGCCCAGGCGCCCAUUGCGCACACAAGCCAAGGUGGAGGCCCCCUCCUCUGGUUUUCUGUCCAAACAACAACCACAGCCCAGCUCGAUGGAACCCAAACCUCCCGGGGUGUCUCAGGUUUCCGCCUCCCUCCCCAGGAGCUACCAGAAAUCGGAUAGCGCACGUCUAACCUCAGUUGUCACGGCAAGGCCCUUCGGGACCCAGUCCUCCCGCAUCACCUCACUUCCGCGAGUCUUCACAAUGGACGACCCUCACAAGCGUGUCAAUGGAGACGCCUCGAAGAAGUCGACGGUGCCGAGUCGCUAUCACCAGUUCAUGACCACCGAGGACGAGGCUCACUCCAGCUCGGCCCACAGCAGUGAAGAUGAGGAGGAAGAGGAGGAGGCGGUGGCGACGCGGGGCAAGACAGCGCCGAGGAGUGUCACCUCAACUCAGAGCACCUCACCCGUCCCUGCUCCUCUGGUUAAGAGAGAAGCUCCAGUCAGUCCUGCUCCAGCCAAAGAAAGCAGCCAG